AUGAGAGGGGAAUCAGGGGAUUAUGAUAUGAAUGUUAGAAGGGAUGAUGAUUUAGAAGCUUAUAGAAAUUUUUUGGAACUUCUAAACUUUCUUGCGCAACAUAAUGAAGAGAUUGGUCGUGCUUUCAAAAAUGCUCGUGGGAAUCUUAAACUAAGAGCUCCCUCAAUUCAAAAAGACAUUGUAAGAGCUGCUGCAAGUGAAACGACAAAAGUUAUUGUUAAUGAUCUUGGGGAUGAAUUGUUUGUUGUUUUGGUUGAUGAAGCCCGCGACAUUUCUAUUAAGGAGCAAAUGUCAGUUUGUUUAAGUUUGUGCAAUGUUGUUGGAGCUUCAUGUAAACGAAGAGAUAUGCUUCGUGAUAGUCAGAUGACUAAGACAAUUGAAGCAUUACAAAGUGGAGAAAUUGCUAGUGGACGUGGUUUGAAUCAAGAAAUAACUUUGAAAAGAGCUGGAGAUACUAGAUGGGGUUCACACUAUGGAACUAUACUUAGAUUAAUUUCUUUGUUUCCUUCCGUGGUCAAUGUUCUUGAAUAUGUUGAGGAAGAUGGAAAUAAUUCAGAACAAAGAGCUGAAGCAUGUCAUUUAUUGAAUGUCAUUCAAUCCUUUGAAUUCAUUUUCAACUUGCACUUGAUGAAAAAUAUCUUGGGAGUUACUAAUGAAUUAUCUCAAGCAUUACAAAGGAAUGAUCAAGACAUUGUAAAUGCUAUGACAUUGGUUAAAGUGUCUAAGCAACGGUUGCAAACUAUAAGAGAUGAUGGUUGGUCUCUUUUAGUUGACGAAGUCUCAUUCUUUUGUGAAAAAUAUAAUAUUACUGUUCCAAAAAUGGAUGAUAUAUUUGUGUCACAAGGAAGAUCAAGACGCAAAGCUCAAAAGAUUUCAAAUUUGCAUCAGUUUCAAGUUGAGAUAUUCUAUCAAGUAGUUGAUAGACAACUUCAAGAACUCAACAACAGUUUUACAGAGGUGAAUACUGAAUUACUUCUUUGUAUAGCUUGUCUGAAUCCAAGACACUCAUUUAUUGCGUUUGAUAAGGAAAAGUUAAUCCAGUUAGCUCAAUUCUAUCCAUUAGAAUUUUCUUCUACUCAACUUUUGGCACUUGAUAGUCAACUUGAGAACUUCAUACUAGAUGUGCGUUCUGAUGAUCAAUUCUCAAACUUAAAUGGGAUUGGUGCUCUUUCUCAAAAAUUGGUUGAGACUCGAAAAAAUAUUGUUUAUCCAUUAAUGUUUCUUCUUUUGAAGUUAGCUUUAGUUUUGCCUGUAGCAACUGCAUCAGUUGAAAGAACCUUUUCUGCUAUGAACAUCAUAAAGAGUCGGCUUUGCAACCGUAUGGGAGAUGAAUUUUUAAAUGAUUGUUUAAUGACAUACAUAGAAAGAGAGACAUUUGAUUGUAUUGACAAUGAAAAGAUUAUUCAAUCUUUUCAAAAUAUGAAACCCAGAAGAAUGGAAUUUUAA